AACCCAAAAAAAAAAGAACAACAAAUCCAAGUUCCCUGUUUAUAACGAUUUCCCCUCUCAAAAUUAUACUUUUCUUGAAUUAUCCCAUUUAAUUUCUCGGUUCCUUCCGUACAAAUCAACGUCUGUUUUUUUUUUAUUUUUGGGAAAAAUCGUCAGCUAAUUAAUAUUUUUGUUUUUCGAUGAUUGAAUUUUUCUCGACUUUAUAAUCGCAAUAGUUUUUUUUAAUUAGGUCUUCAAUAACAUGCCAAUGCUAAUCACAGCUCUCCGAAUCAUCUCGCAUCUAUCAUUCCUAUCAUUUUCCCUACCUCUGCUGCCAUUUGGUCUUUUUAAUGCGUUUCACAGUUCUCGAUUCUUUAAUUAUGGUUUUCCCUUUGUUGUGUUUGAGAUCGAUUUUUAUUUCCAUUUUUGUCAAUCGAUGGUAAAUUUUGGUGGGUUUUAUUAUUCCAAAUUCCAAUCCCUUGUCCCCGUUCUUUUGACCCUCGUGUGAGCGGAGAAAGCCUGAUGGGUUCGAUUGAUGUUGUUGUCUGCCUUAAUUUUUUAGUCCUCCUUUAGAUUUUUUUGAUUCUUCUUAAGGAGGAACGGGGUGCCGUCGGAUUGAUUUCCCUUCUUCAAUUACUUUAAUCUUCUCGUUCCUUCCCGUUCCCGUAUUUAGGGUGUGGGCAUCGUUGUGCGGGGAGACCUUGGUGGGGGUUUUUCGUGGAUUCCCCGCCCAUUUAUCUGGUUUCCUUGCUCUAUUCACCCCUUUCCUCAAUUCAUCGCCGUUCCGUCAUCUUGCUGGUUGUGAUUGUUCUGAAAAUGUUUCUGAUUUGUUGAUUUAAUGUGGGCGAAUUCUUGGUGGCUGUAUUUGUUUACCACUGGAGUGAGCGCAAUAUGUCUCAUUUGCAAAGUCUCGUGAAGCAGAACUGUACUCUUCUCGCAGUUUUGUGCGGCAAAUUUGUAGAUAAGCGGAAGGGGGAGGUGAGGCGCGAGUCUUCUUAUCCGUUUCCAGAACUUGUUUCAGCUGGCCGCCUGGAGGUUCAUACUCUGACUAACCCUACAUUUGAUAGCUUUCGGGAGACUCAGAGAGCUUUAGAAGCAAAUAUAAUAUAUUUUCAAGGGGAGCAUCGUGUAGAUGAGGAAAAAAUUGGUUCCAUUGUUUGGGAAAACGCUGAUUUAUCAGAACCCCAGACCCUUAGCUCACUUAUUUCUUCUCCUCUGCCCACAAUUGUUUAUUUGGAGGCUCCAAACUCUGAAAAGAUGGCACAGGCACUUCAUGCCAAGGGAGUUCCAUACGUGAUAUAUUGGAAGAAUGCAUUUUCAUCUUAUGCAGCUUCCAUCUUCCGCUUAGCGUUGUUAUCAGUUCUACAAAGUUCAUGUAGCCACACAUGGGACGCCUUCCAACUUGCAAAUGCUUCAUUUCAACUUUAUUGUGUGAGAAACAACCAUGUGUUUGCUGAUAAUAACCAAAAAAAUAAUAGCAAGCUUGGGCCUCGACUUCUAGGGGAGGCUCCCAAGAUUGCGGUAUCUUCUCCCGAGAGGGAAGUGAUUAAAGAUGAAGAUCUAUCUGAUACCUUUUCUGCUAUUAAAAUAUAUGAUGAACAUGUGGAAAUGAGGUUUCUCGUCUGUGGAGUCCCCUGCACUUUGGAUUCAUGCUUUUUGGGUUCACUAGAGGAUGGCCUCAAUGCACUCCUAAAUAUUGAAAUUCGUGGAAGUAAACUUCAUAAUCGAGUCAGUGCUACGCCACCACCUCUCCAAGCAGGAACAUUUGCACGUGGGGUUGUGACAAUGCGUUGUGAUCUCACCACUUGCAGUUCUGCUCACUUAUCGCUUCUGGUAUCUGGCAGCCCACAGACGUGUUUUGAUGAUCAGCUCCUGGAAAGUCACAUUAAGAAAGUUCUUAUUGAAAAUAGUCAGUUAGUUCAUGCUUCGCCAACUUGUGAUGAAAGCAAGUCAUCAUUGCCGGACUCUCUGAGUUUUGGUUCCAUAGCAUGUGGGGCAUCUGUAUUUGAAGUACGUAUGAAGGUUCCAGCAUGGGCUGCCCAGGUUCUGAAGCAUCUCGCACCUGAAAUUUCCUACCGCAGCCUUGUUGCUAUUGGAAUCGCCAGUGUUCAGGGCACUCCGGUGGCUUCCUUUGAGAAAGAAGAUGCAGAUCGUCUCCUUUUCUUCUGCAAAAGACAAGCCGCAGAGUUCUCCAGCGAAGAUGUUCUCAUUAAUCAUAUGCCAAGAUGGUGUUCCUCUCUUUUCUGUGAUAGGUUUAGGCCUAAUCCAGAAUUAAAACCCAUCGUUCCUUUCAACCUAGCCGUAGAAAAUGGAAAUAUCUAUACAAAAAUAGAUGGGAAUCAUAGUAACAAAAGAUCAAUGAAUGGGAACCAUACGUCUGUUUUGCAUUCCAGGAAGAAGUUGAAGGUUGCUGCAAUGAGGCCUAUUCCUCACUUGAGACAGCAUAAGACGCUUCCAUUCCCCAAAAUAUCCUUGUCUGCUGCAUAUGAAGGAAGUCAGGCAAAGCCUAACCCGGGGGUUGUCCCUGUCACAAAAAGCAACUCUGCGGCUCCCUCGAGUCACAGAAAAUCAGUUCCAUGCUCUUUUCAAACUCAGCAAGUACUUACUGUAAGUCCGGUCCCUAUGAUGAAGCAUGGAUGUAACCGGGCUCCUAUUCAAGUUUGCUCUGAAGAAGAGUUCUUGAAGGAUGUGAUGGAGUUCUUAGUUCUUCGGGGACACAACAGACUCGUUCCUCAAGGGGGUUUGCCAGAGUUUCCUGACGCCAUACUUAAUGCAAAGCGGCUUGACCUCUACAAUUUGUAUCGAGAGGUGGUGUCAAGAGGAGGGUUUUAUGUUGGGAAUGGCAUAAAUUGGAAGGGUCAGGUCUUUUCUAAGAUGCGAAACCAUACACUAACCAACAGAAUGACGGGCGUUGGGAAUACACUUAAAAGACAUUACGAGACGUACUUGUUAGAGUACGAGUUAGCACAUGAUGAUGUUGAUGGAGAAUGUUGCUUGUUAUGCAAUAGUAGUGCUCCGGGGGACUGGGUUAACUGUGGAUUAUGUGGUGAGUGGGCUCAUUUUGGUUGUGACAGAAGGCCUGGCCUUGGUACUUUCAAGGAUUAUGCAAAAACUGACGGUUUGGAAUACAUAUGCCCACAUUGUAGUCUAACAAAUUGCAGCAACAAGACGAAGCCUCUAAAGAUGGCUAAUGGAUAUUCUAGCACAACUGUGUCAAGGCAUCUGUAAUUUUUUCUUUACCUUUUUAGUCCUUAUAUUUUUCUUCUUUUUUUUUUAGAAGAGCCCCAAUUUCAGGAGGGCUGAUUUUAUAAGCUGUUUUUGUUGUCUUAUAUUAGUGUCAGAUUUUAAGAAGAAGUCUUAUUUUUCUUUUUUGUUAGUAAUAGUAAAAGGAAAUGAGCUUAUAUUUUAUAGCCCCA